CCACGUGUCGCGAGUUGCUCCGGCUGCAACAUGGCGGCCGCCUGAGAGGAGCGCCGGGCCGCCGCCGCCUCUGCCGCCCGCGGGGACCUUGGCCGUCGCCGCCGCCCGCGCGCGGCCCCCGCGGAGAGAUCGAGUCUGAGGACUGCGCGGCCGGCUCCCUAGUAUGGCCAAUGAAGAGGAUGACCCAGUGGUGCAGGAGAUUGAUGUGUACCUGGCCAAGAGUCUGGCAGAGAAGCUCUAUCUGUUUCAGUACCCUGUGCGUCCUGCCUCGAUGACCUAUGAUGACAUUCCGCACCUGUCGGCCAAGAUCAAGCCCAAGCAACAGAAGGUAGAGCUCGAGAUGGCUAUCGACACCCUGAACCCCAACUACUGCCGCAGCAAAGGGGAGCAGAUCGCGCUGAACGUGGACGGCACCUGCUCCGAUGAGACCAGCACGUACUCCUCGAAGCUGAUGGACAAGCAGACCUUCUGCUCUUCCCAGACCACCAGCAACACUUCCCGCUAUGCCGCCGCGCUCUACAGGCAAGGAGAGCUCCACCUGACGCCAUUACACGGCAUCCUGCAGCUGCGGCCCAGCUUCUCCUACCUGGACAAGGCUGACGCCAAGCACCGCGAGAGGGAGGCGGCCAACGAGGCCGGAGACUCUUCUCAGGACGAGGCGGAGGAGGACGUGAAGCAGAUCACGGUCCGCUUCUCCCGUCCCGAGUCGGAGCAGGCCCGCCAGCGCCGCGUGCAGUCCUACGAGUUCCUGCAGAAGAAGCACGCGGAGGAGCCCUGGGUGCACCUGCACUACUACGGCCUGAGGGACAGCCGCUCCGAGCACGAGCGUCAGUACCUGCUGUGCCAGGGCUCCAGUGGGGCGGAGAACACGGAGCUCAUCAAGUCACCCAGUGAGUACCUCAUGAUGCUGAUGCCGCCCAGCCAGGAGGAGGAGAAAGAAAAGCCCGUGGCCCCCAGCAACGUGCUGUCCAUGGCCCAGCUGCGCACGCUGCCCUUGGCCGACCAGAUCAGGAUCCUCAUGAAGAACGUGAAGGUCAUGCCUUUUGCCAACUUGAUGAGCCUCCUAGGCCCCUCAGUCGACUCUGUGGCUGUUCUGCGUGGCAUCCAGAAAGUGGCUAUGUUAGUCCAAGGGAACUGGGUGGUCAAGAGUGAUAUCCUGUACCCCAAGGACUCCUCCAGCCCUCACAGUGGCGUGCUGGCCGAGGUGCUCUGCCGGGGCCGAGACUUUGUCAUGUGGAAGUUCACACAGAGCCGGUGGGUGGUGAGGAAAGAGGUGGCGACAGUGACUAAACUCUGCGCAGAGGACGUGAAGGACUUCUUGGAGCACAUGGCUGUGGUGAGGAUCAACAAAGGCUGGGAGUUCCUCCUGCCCUACGACGGGGAGUUCAUCAAGAAGCACCCCGACGUGGUCCAGCGGCAGCACAUGCUGUGGACGGGCAUCCAGGCCAAAUUAGAAAAAGUAUAUAAUCUUGCGAAGGAAACCAUGCCAAAGAAGCCUGACGGACAAUCAGGACCUGCAGGGCUGGUCUCUGGGGACCAGCGGGUCCAAGUAGCCAAAAGCAAGGCCCAGCAGAACCACGCUCUCCUGGACCGCGAGCUACAGCGGCGGAAGGAGCAGCUCCGAGCCUCAGAGAUCCUGCCUGGUGUGAGGGUCAAGGAGGAGCCCCUGAGUGAGGAGGGGGAGGAAGAAGAAGAGCGGGAAGCCGAAGAAGCCGAGGAACCCAUGGACACCUCGCUCAGCAGCCUCCCCGGCAGGUUGGCUAACGGGCUGCCGGCAGGCGCGGACAGCUUCAAUGGGCACCCGCCCCCUGGCUGUGCCAACACCCCCGUGGCCCAGGAACUGUGGGCCUUCGUGCGGGCCACCUUCCAGAGACAGAUCGUGCUCACGCUGAGCGAGCUCAAGCGCCUGUUCAACCUGCACCUGGCCGGCCUGCCCCCCGGCCACUUGCUGUUCAGCGGCAUCUCGGACCGCAUGCUGCAGGACACGGUGCUGGCGGCCGGAUGCAAGCAGAUCCUGGUGCCUUUUCCCCCCCAGACUGCUGCUUCCCCGGAUGAGCAGAAGGUGUUCGCCCUCUGGGACUCUGGAGACAUGAGCGAUCAGCAUCGACAGGUUUUGCUUGAAAUUUUUUCCAAAAAUUACCGGGUACGUCGGAACUUGAUCCAGUCUCGGCUGACUCAAGAGUGUGGUGAGGAUCUGAGCAAGCAGGAAGUGGACAAAGUGUUAAAGGACUGCUGUGUGAGUUAUGGUGGCAUGUGGUACCUCAAAGGGACAGUACAAUCUUGACAAUAGUUGCAAAUUAUUAAUGCCACAAAUUCAAGCCUGAGGAAGGACCGCAGAGCUAGCAGUAGAUUCAGUUACUUCAGAAGACACAGCACAAGAGGCACCGACCAUCUCGGGACAGUGAUGUCACACGUGGCCAGUGGCAGGGACAGUCUAGGAUCUUCUCUGCAGUGAAUUUGAAACGCCUGAUGUAUUCUGCUUACUAUUUGGUUCAUUCUCAUAAUAAAGAGAGUGUAUAGUGACACAGGCAGGAUGGAAAUCAUGGUUUUAAUAUUUUACUUUUCAAACAAUGCCAGCACGGUCUUAAGUUAUACUUGUUUACAAGAUGAAGAAAACCUCGAGGUUUUUUGAUAUUUCAGAUGCCUAGAAGCCAAUAAUAUAAUACUUAGUCUUGACUUGUCUAAGACUUCUGCCAAUUUCAUAAACCAAGUUGAAUUAUUUUCACCGUUGGGUUUCUGUGGCCGCCACACCAUUUAAAACGACCUACUUGAUGUAGCAGUCGUCUCGGCUGUUCACGAAACAGCAAAAACUCAGAAUCCUGUCUGACCUUACUGUUUGCAGAAGGAUGCAAUCAGAACAGGUAAGUAUGGAACAAUGUAUAAAUGAGGUUAUCACACUUUGAUGUAAAAAAUUUAUAUUUUGUGUAUUUUUAAAAUAAAUGCUAACAACUAA